UAUUGAUGUGCAGACUUGUAGAGGAGUUUGGCUCUAUAGUUGAAUAAUGGGCAAGUUCAAAAGGGUUUGUGUGUUCUGUGGAAGUAAUUUAGGGAAUAAAAAGAUCUUCAGUGAUGCAGCUCUUGAUCUUGGAAUCCAACUGGUGGAGAGGAAAAUGGAUUUAGUUUGUGGAGGAGGGAGCUUUGGGUUGAUGGGUCUGGUCUCUCAGACUGUUCAUGAUGGUGGAUGCCAUGUUCUAGGGGUUAUCCCAACAGCUCUCAUUCCACUAGAGAUUUCAGGUGAUGCAGUGGGAGAAGUGUUGAUUGUAUCUGAUAUGCAUGAAAGAAAGGCUGAGAUGGCUAAGAGAGCUGAUGCUUUUAUUGCUCUUCCUGGAGGGUAUGGAACUUUGGAAGAGUUGCUUGAGAUGAUUACAUGGUCUCAGCUUGGAAUCCAUGAUAAACCAGUGGGUCUCUUAAAUGUAGAUGGAUAUUAUGAUAGCUUGCUUGGAUUGUUUGACAAAGGUGUAGAAGAAGGAUUCAUCAAACCAUGUGCAAGAAACAUUGUCAUUUCUGCAAAGAAUGCUCAGGAAUUACUCCAAAAGAUGGAGGUACUAAUUAUUAUCAUCUCAUAUGCUCAUGAUUCAGCUCCAGCUAAGAUAAUCAUAUGCCAAUUUUCUUAUCAGGAUUUUAUCCCUCUGCAUGAUCAAGUGGCACCAAGGCAUAGCUGGAUAAUAGAAGAAAGCAAUGCAAAUUUUUAGCUGUUUAAUCU